AUGAAGAAUACGGAACUUAGUCAAAAAAAAAAAUUAGAUAGGCAGAGUAGAAGAAAGCCUGCAAAGUCGUGCCACUUUUGUAGAGUAAGAAAGCUCAAGUGCGAUCGAGUAAGACCGUUCUGUGGAAGUUGCUCUUCUCGAAAUCGAAAGCAAUGUGAAUAUAAAGAAAACACUUCCGCCAUGGAGGACCAACUCAGGAAAAAAUACAGGAGAUGUUCAAAAUUAGAGAUGGCUCGUCGUAUUGAAGAGCUUGAAUCUCAGCUAACAAAACAAUCCCAGCCUAACAUUCACGAAGGACAAAACCCUCUUUCCAACAUGAGAUAUUUAUCUUCAAAGCACAAUAGGCACAUUCUUUAUGGACCAACGUCGUAUCGAGCAAUAUUAGCAACUCAAACAGAUACUUUUGCCAAAUACAGAGAGGAGAUAUGGCAAGUCCUAAAACUCAGCCGUAACAACUGGAAAAGAGAGCAUCAUUACUCAACACUCUCGGAGAUUAGUUCCAUUGAGACUGCCCCACCGCACUCAGGCUCACCAAGUGUUAUUGAAUACUUAUGUGAAUCGCUUCCAAAUUAUGAAGUUUUGUGUGAGUAUUUAACUGAUUUUUUUGCUAGCGAUUUUUACGAUAGUUACCAAAUUGUUCAUAAAGAAAAAGUAUUAAGGGAUCUGCAAGAUUGUUUUGUUAAAGGCCCAAGAAGUCAUAAAACUGGUCAGCACACAAUAAUUUCCCUUAAUCUGGACAGUAAAAAAAAUUAUUAUAAAGUGGGUGUUAUGACAGCCAUUAUGUGCUUAGCAUCCCAUCCAAAAGAAGUGCCAGAGGCUAUUGAAGUCUUCCAUAAAGUUUUAACGUCUUUUGUUUCGGCUAAAGUUUUUUAUACUGAGCGUGUGCAAUUUUUAUUUUUACGUUACCUGUACAUAAAUGUGGCGGGUCUUGACGGGGGCGAUCAGUCACAUUGCAUAUUUAUUCAUGGUCUGACAAUUGACACAGCUAUCCAUAUGGGCCUUAAUGAAGAUCUUCGUCGUUUAUAUCUGAGUAAAAAUCAUCCAAUAGAGGAAAUACCUUACUUGGAGAGAUUGUGGUUAUGGAUCCUAUUCACGGACGUUAAAAUUUCACUCUCUACAGGAAUUCCGGUCCGAAUCAACGACGAUUUUGUAAACAAGGUACGUCUAGAAAACUAUUCUUCAUCAGGGGACAUCCUUCUGUAUAAAACAACAUUAAGACUGAGAAAUAUUAUGAAACAAAUUCAUGCUCGUGAGAAACCGCCUGACAUUCCACUCAUCAUCGAGGACUUAAAAAAGUUCACCAUUAAAAUGUUUAAGCCGUUGGAUUUUUACUUAAAUGCAUCUAAUUUAAAUGGUAAUGAGUUCACCGAACUUCAAUUAUGGCAUGCAACUCUCCAUAUGAUAGGAAGUUUAUCCAAUCUUUAUACCUUAACACAUCAAGAUUUUGAUGCGAGAAUAUUCAAUUUUAGCGUCCUGGCUCCACUAAAUUCAUUACAUUUGUGCUUUAAUGUCCUUGAGACCUAUUUUGAAUUAGACAACAGCAAAUUAUCUUCUAAGUCAUUAUGCCUCUCCAAAAAAUGGCCCCAUUUAAACAAUGCGUUGUUUCUUAUUUAUGUGAACGCUUUCAGAGCAUUAAUUCAAAUUUAUACCAUUUUUCUACAGUAUAUGGAAAAUAAAGAUAUCCAAUUAUUCAUUCAGAGAAAUUCGUCCGCACUAACUUAUUCUAUAUGUCCUGGAGACUUUGAGGGUCCACACAAUAAGUGUAUUUCACUGAAAAUUGCAUUUAAAGAAAUGGAAAACAUAUUUGAUCAUAUUCACCAAGAAAAGUUGAAACCUCUUACUCAAAUUUGGCAAAACUCCUAUUACUUUUCUAUUAUUAUAUCAAUGGAAAAAAUAGGAAGAAGAGCUUUUAACAAAGGAAUGAAAAAUAUCGAUGAAGGGCCUGAAACCGAAAAUGAUGCAACUGAAAACAGUUUAACAACUAUACUAAAUGAUUUAGAGGGACCUUUAGAAGAUUUCUCGGAAAAUUUCAUCGAUGAUAUAUUAGGUUCUCCAAGUGCCUUCUUUGAUACAGCUAUUUCCGGGUGGAGUAAUUUUGAGGACUUCUUUUCCAGAUAG